GGAGGAGGAGGAGGAGUUGCCCGCCCAGCUGCCAUUGCGUGGGCGAGCGCUCGAAAAGUUUUGAAACACCUUUGGAAAUUGUAACAAAAAUGAGAAUUAAAAUGCCCGCGGUUCGAAUUGCACAAGAUUCCGACUCGACAGAGAACGAUGCGGUUGCCGCGCAGGACAUCCUCACGUGUGGCGCCUGCCAGAAGACCUUCGCACUGUCGGACAUUGUCCGCUUCAUUCAGCACAAGGUGCUGCAGUGCAACAAGGAGAACUAUGGUCAGUGUACCACACAGGCGCCCAGCAUGGAUCGCGAUGCCGACGAGGGUCGACCCCUGAGUCUGGUCAAUCGCCGUCCCUCAAUUUCGGCGCCAAUCACAGGCCGCAAAUCGGCGCCAGUUGCCGGCAGUGGCCCCACAGUUGCAGCCAAUGCAAUUGCAAGUGCGGCUGCUGCCACUGCUGCCGCUGCGGCGGCGGCGACAGCAGCGGCUGCCGCAGCCGCUGUUGCAAGCAGCGCUGCAAGCGGCUCACGCAUACACACACCGCCGCCGAGUCCAGCGGAUCUGCUCGCCGAUGGCGCCAGCAGCACUCCCAAGCGCCUCGUCGAUGAGAACGACAAUACGACGCCCAAAGCGGACAGCGAUGCGCUGACCACCGCCACCGGCGCAGCGGGACUGGAGUCGAGCAUCGCUCACAGUCCUCGCGCUCAGUUGGCGCAGGGGCAACUGAUUGGUCGCGACGAGUGUGCUCUGCACGAUGACAAGCCAAAGGUCAAGCAGGAGCCCUAUGCCGACGACGAGCAGCUCGACGAGGAACUGGAGCUGGAGCAGGCUCCAGAACAAGAGCAGGAACAGGAGCGGGUUAGAGAGCAGGAGCAGGAGCGGGAGCGGGAGCGGGAACUGAAUGCGCAACUGCUGACACAGGCGACUGACAGAGACGAGUGCCAACAGCCGCUGGCCAAGCGGCCCAAAAUGGAGCUCGUCGAUGCCGAAGCGAAUACAGUGCACACAGAACCCAGCAAUUACACAUGUUCGACGUGCAAGACCCGCUACACAUCCGCGUGGCGCCUCAUCCAGCACGUGCAGCACUCGCACGGCGUCAAGAUCUACGUGGAGACGGGUGGCUGUGGCGCCACCUUGACUGUGGCCACACCCGCCGCUCUUAAUGCGGCGGCAACAGCAGCAGCAGCACAAGCCACCAGCGUCAGCGUCAGUCCAAAUCGUAGUCUCAGUCCCGCAGCAGCAACUGUUGGUAGCGUCUCUCUGCCGCUGCCGCUGCACGCGCUCAUGGCGCAGUCUCCAGCGCCAAAGCGCAGCACCAGCAACAGCAGCGCCGCCGCCGUAGCAGCAGCAGCAGCAGCAGCCGCAAUUUCUGCAGGCUCGGCCAAUACGAGCAGCAACAGCAGCAGUAAUGUGAGCAGCAGUAGCAACAGCGCCAAUUCACCCACACAGCAACUGUUGCAGCAGCGUGUACAACAGCAACAGCAGCAGCAGCAGCAGCAGCAACAACAGCAGCAGCAGCAGCAACAGCAGCAACAGCAACAGAGUCUAGCGCUGGCAGCAGGCAUGCGUCAUCAUGCGCUGCUGGCGCCACCAGAUUCGUUGCACGCGAACCCCUUCCAGCUGCUGCGCAUGCCACUGCCACCCGCGCUGUCGCAGAGCAAUGUAGUUCCUAGCGUGUCGCCGCUGUUUGGCCGCCCCACGCCCGCCGAUCACUAUCGCAUGGAGCAGCUGGUUAGCGAGCAGUUCCGGCACCAUGGCUUCAGUCUGGCCGCCGCCGCUGCCGCCGCCCAGGCGCAAUUCAAUGCCAAUACACAGCAACAGCAACAACAGCAGCAGCAACAGCAGCAACCUGCUCAGCCCAUUGCUGUCAAUGUUCCUAAUCCCGUCGAGCAGCGACCGCCAUCGAGCAAUAGCAGCCAGCGUGGCUCAGUACCGCCCGCUGCACUACCACCUCCGUCACUGAGCUCACAGCAGCAACAGCAGCAACAACAACAGCAACAGCAACAGCAGCAGCAACAACAGCAGCAACAGCAGCAACAACAGCAACAGCAACAACAGCAGCAGCAACAAGUGGCCGCAGCGGCGGCUGCUGCUGCAGCUGCACUGAGUCCAGCUGCUAGUUUAAAUUUGGAACCGCAGCAGAUGGAUUUUUACUCGCAGCGAUUGCGUCAGCUUGCGGGCACAACAAGCCCUGGAGCUGGCAACAUUGUUAACUCGAGCUCGCCGAGUCCACGACAGAAGCAAUCGCCGCGCUUUGCGAGCCCCUCGCCCAGCUCUGCCUCGCUUUCGGUUGCCGCCGCAACAACACCCCCAGAGAAAGGUAUCGAGAAUGGUCAGCUAACAUCGACGCCCCAUUCCGCCAGCACGCCCACGCCCACCAAGCCAGACACCGAACGGGAAUCCGAGCUGGAGUCGAGUUGCUAUUCGUGUGGCUACUGCGACAAGAAGUUCCGCUAUGAGAACAACUUGAUUAUCCAUCAGCGGACGCAUACCGGUGAGAAGCCGUAUAAGUGCACCGCCUGCGACUUUGAGUGCUCGCACAUACAGAAGCUAAUGAAGCAUAUGCGGGUGCAUCGCAGUCCAGCCGAUCAUGGACACGAUGGCGGCGAUAAUCAGGAUGGUCACGAUGGCGGCAGCAAUGCCGAUUCGCUGGAAACGAAUGAGGCGGACAACGAUGACGAUCCCAAUCCCGAUGAAUCCGACGAAGAGCUGAACGACGAGGAUGCCGACGCGGAUGCCGAUGGCGAAGAGGAUGACGAGGAUGAGCUAGACGAUUGCGAUGAUGUUGACUACGAGGCCGAAGAUCUGAGCGUCAACAAUCGCAUCGAUGGCAAAAGUCAAAGCCCCAAGACGACCAGCUCCGGUGCCACAUCGCUGGUGGGUGAGCUGAUGGACAAGUUCGGCCUAUCCAACAUUGCCCAAUAUUCGGAGGCGUACAAGCAGGCGCUGCAGGAGUCCGGACGCAAGGAAGCAGCCGCUGUGGCCGCUGCCGCUGCUGCCGCCGCCGCUGUUGUGGACAACAACAAUCGUGGCUCGGCAGCCGGUGCAGCCAAUCCAGGUGCUGGUAGCGGCGUCGCCUCCAACCAGCCACUGGGUGACAAGCUUAACGGUUUACCAGUGGCAGCGUUGCGACUGCGCGAUGAAUUCGCCAAGAACUGCAAUAUGUUCCAGCCACAGCCGCAAGAUGCGCCGUCGCAGGUGCCGCUCUUCAAUCCGUUUCCCAAUCCCUUCGAGCUGUCCAAGCGCAUGAAGAUCGAUGGCGGUGAUUGGUGGGGCAUGUCCGCCCUGCAUCGCAACGAGGCGCUCUUCGAGAACCUCAAGCUGAAGCCGUUGGGUCUGGGCGGCGCGAACUCGCUGCUGCAAGGACCGCUGCUCAAGAAGGAGAGCCGGCAGCGCAACGAUACCUGCGAGUUCUGCGGCAAGGUGUUCAAGAACUGUUCCAAUUUAACGGUGCAUCGUCGCAGCCACACCGGCGAGAAGCCAUACAAGUGUGAACUGUGCUCCUAUGCCUGCGCCCAGAGCUCCAAGCUCACGCGCCACAUGAAGACGCACGGACGCACCGGCAAGGAUGUGUAUCGCUGUCGCUUCUGCGACAUGCCCUUCAGCGUCCCCUCCACCCUCGAGAAGCACAUGCGCAAGUGUGUCGUCAAUCAGGGCAAGGCGGCAGCAGCUGCUGCAAAUGCGGCCAAUGCUGUUGCCGCUGCCCAAGCCGCCGCUGCCGCACAGCAGCUGCAGGCCGCUGCUCAGGCACAACAGCAGCAGCAGCAGCAGCAACAGCAACAGCAGCAACAGCAACAGCAGCAACAGUUGCCAUCGCAAUCGCAGCUAUCGCCGCCGUGUGCAAUGGGCGUGGCUGUCGGCUAUCCGCCGCAAUUCGGACACAAUCUGUCGCUGGCGGGCAGCGUGAGUGGCGACAAUGAUUCGAAUGCAUCCUCCAGCCUGCCAGCGCACUCCUCCAUUUCGCUCAAGGAGGAGGCAUGACUUUUUAGCAGCUGGAGCAGCAGUCCUCUUCCGCAUUCGCAUUCGCAUCCACAUUC